AUAACCUGCGCAAUGAGGGAUAACACAAAUGAAAUGCAAGUGUGUUUGAUUGGGGUUGGCACAAAACUCUGCAGGACACGUACAGUAGCCCUCCAGUAGGCUACCCAAGAUCAACGCCUGCUGUAAUCUGUUAACAUGGUCAUGGGUACGUAAAAAAUGAUGUCCAGCAUACCCAAACGGAGUAUGUGUGAAACUGGUGUUAACUCUGGGUUACUUAGGCGGGUUGACUGAACUAACUCUUAAAUUGUGUUUUGGAACCGACAGAGAAAGCAAGUUUGGGGUUCAUCAACCCCAAAUUAGGGGUUAAUCUGAUGGUAAAUUAACCCUGCUUUCUAGAAUACAACCCUGAUCAUACUAAGAUUAUAAACAACCUUAAAUUUGCAUACCAUAUUUGUUUAAUAGGUGCUCAAAUAUGAUGAAUAGAUUUAUUGUGAGUGAAGCAGCUAGCUUUAAGUUUCAAGUUAAUUUAAAGGAAAAAUAAUGAUAUCCCUACUAAAAUAUCCAACAAAAGACCAGCAUAAAAUAAUGACGAAAGUAGUGACGUAUAUAAAAAAAGUUGGUGUGGUGUUGUUUUUUACAGUAUAUGUUCUGCAGCUAGGAGGCAGUAUUGAAUUAGUUUAACUCUGCAUGGAAAAGUUUGAGAGACUCAACACGAGUUUAUAACUAUAUCAUAACUAUUUACUCAUUCUGAAAGUGAAAGUAUUGUUAAUGUUUAAAAGAGUGAGCGCACUGGAGAAAGAUCAUUGUGAGCUUAAACCUCCUCAUGGUGAAGACAAACAGAGCUGGAUGAUGGGUGCUGUUAAUGUUGUACUACUGGUCCUGCUGGUUUGGACUUUCACUGCUGUCUGUGAGGCUGAUGAUGAUAUCAUAAUUACCUGUGAAGUUGUGACUGCACCUGUGGGAGAUAAAAUAAAUGUCACCUGCACAGUCUCUUAUCUGAACCAAAACUGCUACACGACCAUGUACAAGUUUACUGAUACAGCAGCAGCUGGUGAUAUCUGUAAAGAGGAGUUCAGCAAGGAUCUCCUUAAACAAGAUAGACGUUUCUCAUGUCCUUACACUGCAGAUAAAGCCAUGACAACAAGAUUCCAAUUCUAUUUACAAAGCACAUGUGGACAAAGGACAACAGACUUCAGUGUGAACACAACAGAUAUCAUAAUUAACUGUGAAGAUGUGACUGCACCUGUGGGAGAUAAAAUAAAUCUCGCCUGCACAGUCUCUAGUCUGAACCAAAUCUGCUACACGACCAUGUACAAGUUUACUGAUACAGCAGCUGGUGAUAUCUGUAAAGAGCAGUUCAGCAAGGGUCUCAGUAAACAAGAGAGCAGAGUUUCAUGUCCUUACACCGCAAAAAAACCCAUGACAACGAAAUUUAAAUUCAAUUUACAAACCACAUGUGGAGCAAAGACAACAUACUUCAGUGUGAAGAUAACAGAUGUCAUAAUUAACUGUGAAGAUGUGACUGCACGACGUGUGGGAGAUAAAAUAAAUCUCACCUGCACAGUCUCUUAUCUGAACAAAAAAUGCUGCGUGAAGAUGUACAGGUAUAUUAAUACAGAAGCAGCUGAUGACCCAACAAUCUGUAGAGAGGACUUCAGAAGUGAUUCCUGUAUACAAGAGAGCAGAUUUUCAUGUCCUUACACUGCAAAUAAAGCCAUGACAGCAACAUUAAAAUUCUUUUUGCAAACCAACUGUGGAUUAUACACAAAAUUAUUCACUGCAAAUAUAGCAGAUGCUAGUAGAGAUGACCCAGAUAAACCUUCAGAGGAACCUCCUGUGCAAACAACAGAUAAAACAACGAUUGCUGUCGUCAUUUGUCUCUUGAGCUGUUUCGUCAUUGUGAUCGUGGCAUUGUUUCUCUGGAAAAGACGGAAGACGUCUAGAUCUCCACCAGAUUAUAAUAUGGGUGUUUCUAGACCUCCGCAGGAUUAUAAUAUGGCUGCAUGUGAAAAUAACAUCAGUGAACCUUCAGAUGAAGAAGCAGCGUUAAAAGAAACAUCAGUGAAUGCUCAGACCGUGUCCAUGUAACAACAGCAUCACAUCAACCUAAUAUUUAUGUUGCAGGAUUAUGAGUCUUUGAUUGGAUGGUUUAAAAGGACUAAAGCUCCGUUUUCUGUUUUAUAUUUCUGUGAAAUAUGAUUGUUAUUGAUCUGUUUUAUCAGAUUGUAUUUUAUAUAGAGCUUAAAUGUAAAAUGACUUGUAGCGUAUUUAUAUGUUAAAGAAAAUAAUUUUAAAAUCAACACUUGGCCUGUAUAAACUUAUUAAGAUGCACAGACCAAACUAUGUUUGCUUGUAUUUCUCUAAUUUAUUCAAUGCUUUAUUCUCUGCAUUUGGCGUUGGUAAUAUUAACUUCUGUUUUUGAAACUUUCUACAUCUUCAAACUAAUUUUAAUAUAAUGUACCGAAAUGUUCUCAUGAUUAUAUUGCCUAAACUGCAGUUUUUUUUGGGGGGGGCAACAUAUCAUGAUUGAUGUCUGAUCUUUUUUAUCGGUCUAAAGUUUUACUGUAUUAUAAAUGUAUCACAUGUGAUGAAUAGCUGCUGAAUGUAUUGUUUGUAUUCUGAAGUUUCUCUGCUGAUGCUCUUCACUUAUCCUACACUGCAAAAUCACCAGUGUUAAAUCUACACUGCUGUAGUUUAUAUGGGAAACACCAUGUCUGUAUAAACUACAGCAGUGUAGAUGUAACACUGGUGAUUUUGCUUUGUAUAAAGUAAAUAAGAGACAAACAGAAAAUUUGUGAAAUUAAAAAAACAUUAGUUAUCUUCUUAAACCAUGAAGCUAUUUUGGGGAUUUUUGCCUGGAUUUGGCCUAACCAAUUUCAAAAGCUUCCCAUACCCACAUGCAGAGGUUUACAUACAAAAGUUUGGUAUCAUUUUACAGGAAACCCUUUGAAAUUACACAAAAUACUGUUGAAAGUGCAAAACAUGGUUGUAUGUUUUUUCAGUCCUCUAAUAAACACAAAAAUAAAUAUGCGCUUUUUGAUGUUUUUUUUCUAAAGUUUUUACUUGAAAGUGUAUAACUCUGGACCUGGGUUACAUAACUUCAAGACAAAUAUUGUUAUUUAUGUCGUUUUUCCUAUGACAAUGUAUGUCAAAAACACAGUUUUAUGUUUGUUUCUGUGGAGAAUCACGUUUAUUCAAUGAUUGACUUAAAGUCAGUCAUUAAUUUUGUGUUAUAAUACAAUUUAUAAGUUAUAAUUUCAAAAGUAAUAUAAAGUUAUAUGCAACGG